GAGCCAUCCAGUGCGGUUGGAUGAGCUCCCAUUAAAAAAAACGAUUUACAAAGACAAAGAAAAGGAAGAAGAACCCAGUGAAGAAAGUGACCCAGAGAUAAGAAAGUGAAAUACAAAGCAGUGUGAGAUAGAGAACCGGAAGUGGUCGACGGAAGGACCAUCGUUAUCGCAGCGCGGGUGCUUGAACUCUCGUCGGCGCGAUGGGGCUGCGAGUGGCUUCCUUGGGAGCCCUGCUCCUCGUCCUGGCAAUUUCCCACUCCGAAGCAGAGCUAACACCGCCGUACUUCAAUUUGGCCACCGGACGGAAGAUCUAUGCCACGGCCACGUGCGGCCAGGACACUGAUGGCCCGGAGCUCUACUGUAAGCUGGUGGGAGCCAAUACGGAAAACGACCACAUUGACUACUCGGUCAUCCAGGGACAGGUCUGCGACUAUUGUGAUCCCAAUGUGCCGGAGAAGAACCAUCCGCCAGAGAACGCCAUCGAUGGCACCGAGGCCUGGUGGCAGAGUCCUCCACUGUCCAGGGGCAUGAAAUUCAAUGAAGUCAAUUUGACCAUCAAUUUCGAACAGGAAUUCCAUGUGGCCUACUUGUUCAUUCGCAUGGGCAACUCCCCGCGUCCGGGUCUCUGGACAUUGGAGAAGUCUACGGAUUAUGGCAAGACCUGGACCCCCUGGCAGCAUUUCUCCGACACCCCCGCCGAUUGUGAGACCUACUUUGGCAAGGACACCUACAAACCGAUUACCCGCGACGACGAUGUCAUCUGCACCACCGAAUACUCGAAGAUUGUGCCGCUGGAGAACGGCGAGAUCCCUGUGAUGCUGCUAAACGAGCGUCCCAGCUCCACGAACUACUUCAACUCGACGGUGCUGCAGGAAUGGACCCGUGCCACCAAUGUCAGGAUUCGUUUGCUGCGAACCAAGAAUCUUUUGGGACAUUUGAUGUCUGUGGCCAGGCAGGAUCCCACGGUUACACGUCGCUACUUCUACUCGAUUAAGGAUAUUUCGAUUGGAGGUAGAUGUAUGUGCAAUGGACACGCCGACACCUGUGAUGUCAAGGAUCCUAAGAGUCCUGUGAGGAUUCUAGCCUGCCGUUGUCAGCAUCAUACUUGUGGUAUCCAGUGUAAUGAGUGCUGUCCCGGAUUCGAGCAAAAGAAGUGGCGACAGAACACCAAUGCCAGGCCCUUCAAUUGCGAGCAAUGCAACUGUCAUGGUCACAGCAACGAGUGCAAGUACGACGAGGAAGUCAACCGCAAAGGACUCUCCCUGGACAUCCAUGGCCACUACGAUGGCGGCGGCGUUUGCCAGAACUGUCAGCACAACACCGUUGGCAUCAAUUGUAACAAGUGCAAGCCCAAAUACUACCGACCCCAGGGCAAGCACUGGAAUGAGACCGAUGUCUGCAGUCCUUGUCAGUGCGAUUACUUCUACUCCACGGGACACUGUGAGGAGGAGACUGGCAACUGUGAAUGCCGUGCUGCCUUCCAGCCACCAAACUGCGACUCCUGUGCCUAUGGCUACUAUGGCUAUCCCAAUUGUAGGGAAUGCGAGUGUAAUCUGAAUGGUACCAAUGGCUACCACUGCGAGGCGGAGAGCGGCCAGCAGUGUCCUUGCAAGAUCAACUUUGCCGGACCCUAUUGCAAACAGUGUGCCGAGGGCUACUAUGGUUUCCCCGAGUGCAAGGCCUGCGAGUGCAACAAGAUUGGCUCGAUCAGCAACGAUUGUAACAUGACCACUGGCGAAUGCAAGUGCCUGACCAACUUUGGAGGCGAUAGCUGCGAGAGGUGCAAGCAUGGAUAUUACAACUAUCCCACUUGCUCAUACUGCGAUUGUGAUAACCAGGGGACGGAGUCGGAGAUUUGCAACAAGCAGUCGGGCCAGUGCAUCUGCCGCGAGGGCUUCGGUGGCCCCAGGUGUGACCAGUGCCUGCCUGGUUACUUCAACUAUCCGGAUUGUAAGCCCUGCAACUGCUCCAGCACUGGCAGCUCAGCCAUAACCUGCGACAACACUGGCAAAUGCAACUGUCUCAACAACUUUGCUGGCAAACAGUGUACCCUUUGUAGUGCUGGCUACUAUAAUUAUCCCGACUGUCUAGCCUGUCAGUGCGACUCUCAUGGUUCCCAGGGUGUCACCUGCAAUGCCGAUGGACAAUGUCUCUGCAAGGAUAACUUUGAUGGACGGCAGUGCGAGUCCUGCAAGGAGGGCUUCUACAACUUCCCCAGCUGCGAAGACUGCAACUGUGAUCCUGCUGGAGUUAUAGACAAAUUUGCAGGAUGCGGUUCUGUGCCAGUGGGUGAGCUCUGCAAAUGCAAGGAGCGCGUGACCGGCAGGAUAUGCGACGAGUGCAAGCCUUUGUACUGGAACCUAAACAUCAGCAACACGGUUGGCUGUGAGAACUGCGAUUGCUGGACUGAUGGCACCAUUUCCGCCUUGGAUACCUGUGCCUCCAAGUCCGGUCAGUGUCCGUGUAAGCCCCACACGCAGGGCAGACAGUGUAAUGAGUGUCGCGAUGGUACCUUCGAUCUGGAUAGCUCCUCGCUCUUUGGCUGCAAGGACUGUAGCUGCGAUGUGGGCGGCUCCUGGCAGAGUGUCUGCGACAAGAUCAGUGGCCAGUGCAAGUGUCAUCCCCGUAUUACGGGUCUGGCCUGCACCCAACCCCUGACCACCCACUUCUUCCCAACGCUGCAUCAGUUCCAGUAUGAGUACGAGGAUGGAACUUUACUCUCGGGCACUCAGGUGCGUUACGACUAUGAUGAGGAGGCCUUCCCUGGAUUCAGUAGCAAGGGAUACGUAGUGUUCAAUGCCAUCCAGAACGAUGUGCGCAAUGAGAUCAAUGUCUUCAAGUCAUCCCUCUACAGGAUUGUCCUGCGCUACGUGAAUCCCAAUGCUGAGAAUGUCACGGCCAGCAUCUCAAUCACUUCAGACAAUCCCCAGGAGGUGGAUCAGCACGUCAAAGUGCUUUUGCAACCCACUUUGGAGCCUCAGUUUGUGACUGUCAGUGGUCCCAAGGGCCUCAAGCCCUCGGCCAUUGUCCUGGAUCCUGGUCGUUAUGUCUUAACUACCACGGCCAACAAGAAUGUGAUGCUGGACUACUUUGUUCUUCUGCCCGCCGCCUAUUAUGAAGCCGGAAUCCUCACCCGUCACAUCUCGAAUCCCUGUGAACUGGGCAACAUGGAGCUGUGCCGUCACUAUAAAUACGCCUCUGUGGAGGUCUUCCAGCCCGCUGGUACCCCAUUUGUCAUCGGAGCCAAUGACAAGCCAACCAAUCCCACAGAAGUGUAUAGCGAUCCGGAGCAUCUUUCGAUUGUGAGCCAUGUGGGCGAUAUUCCAGUGCUGACCAGUGAGCAGAAUGAGCUCAACUACAUCGUGGAUGUGCCUCACAGUGGAAAAUACAUCUUUGUGAUUGAUUACAUCAGCGAUAGGAAUCAUCCGAGCACCUAUUUUAUUACCCUGAAGCUGAAGAACAAUCCCGAGUCGGAGACUUCGGUUCUGUUGUAUCCUUGUCUGUACUCCACCGUCUGCCGCACCUCGGUCAAUGAUGAUGGCCAGGAGAGGGCCUUCUACAUCAGCAAGGAUGAUCUGCAGCCAGUCACCAUCUCUGCUGACAUUGAUGAUAAAUCUCGUGUGCCCAUUAUCUCGGUGACGGCCAUUCCUGUAGACCAAUGGUCCAUUGACUAUAUCAAUCCCAGUCCCGUUUGUGUCAUCCAUGGCGAGAAAUGUGCCACGCCCAAGUUCCGUUCGGUUCCGGACUCCAAGAAGAUCGAGUUCGAAACUGAUCACGAGGAUCGUAUUGCCGAAAAGAAGCCGCCAUAUGCCGCCCUUGAUGAGCGAGUGAAACUGAUACAUUUGGAUAGCACAGAUAGUACUAUUGUGAUUGAAUCAAAGGUUGAGGAGGCUAAGCCCAACCUCUUUGUGAUCCUCGUGAAGUACUAUCAGCCCAACCAUCCCAAGUACCAGGUUCACUACACCCUGACAGCUGGCAAGAAUCAGUAUGAUGGCAAGUUUGACAUUCAGCACUGCCCCUCAAGCUCGGGAUGCCGAGGAGUGAUACGUCCUGGAGGAGAUGGUUCCUUCGAGAUUGAUGACGAGUUCAAGUUUACAAUUACGAACGAUCGCUCUCUGGGCGUCUGGCUGGAUUACUUGGUAGUGGUUCCUCUCACGCAAUACAAUGACGACCUGCUGGUGGAGGAAACCUUUGAUCAGACCAAGGAGUUCAUCCAGAACUGCGGCCACGAUCACUUCCACAUCACCCACAAUGCCAGUGAUUUCUGUAAGAAAUCCGUGUUCUCCCUGACCGCCGACUACAACAGCGGAGCUUUGCCCUGCAAUUGUGAUUAUGCUGGAUCCACCAGCUUCGAGUGUCAUCCGUUUGGAGGCCAGUGCCAGUGCAAGCCGAAUGUGAUCGAGCGGCAGUGUGGAGCCUGCAGGAGCAGGUACUAUGGUUUCCCCGACUGUAAGCCCUGCGAGUGCCCGAGCAGCGCCAUGUGCGAACCCACCACCGGCGAGUGCAUGUGUCCGCCCAAUGUCAUUGGCGAAAUGUGCGAGAAGUGUGCCCCCAACACCUAUGGAUUCCAUCAGGUUAUUGGCUGCGAGGAAUGCGGAUGCAACCACAUGGGCAUUGCCAAUGGAAACACCCAGUGUGAUCUGUUCAAUGGAACCUGCGAGUGCCGGGAGAAUAUUGAGGGUAGGGCCUGUGAUGUGUGCGCCCACGGAUACUUCAACUUCCCCCACUGCGAACAGUGUAGCUGCCACAAGCCCGGAACCGAGCUGGAGGUCUGCGACAAGAUUGAUGGCAGCUGCUUCUGCAAGAAGAACGUCGUGGGUCGGGAUUGUGACCAGUGUAAUGAUGGCACUUACAACCUGCAGGACAGCAAUCCGGAUGGAUGCACCACAUGCUUCUGCUUUGGCAAGACCUCGCGUUGCGACAGUGCCUACCUCAGGGUCUACAAUGUUAGCCUGCUCCGGCAGGUGUCUAUCAGUACGCCAGAGUUCCGGGCGGAGAGCAUUAAAUUCGAGAUGUGGCCAGUGCCAGCCGAGGAGAUUCUCAUAAACGAGACCACCUUGCAGGCGGACUUCACCUUGAGGGAUAUCAACGACGAGCGUCCUGCCUACUUUGGUGUCCUGGAUUAUCUGCUUAACCAGAAUAGUCACAUCUCCUCCUACGGCGGAGAUCUGGCUUAUACUUUGCACUUUACCUCUGGCUUUGACGGAAAGUAUAUUGUGGCUCCGGAUGUUAUCCUGUUCAGCGAACACAAUGUCCUGGUCCACCAGAGCUACGAGCAACCCAACAGGAAUGAGCCUUUUACCAACAGGAUUCAAAUAGUGGAGACCAACUUCCAGACGGUUUCCGGCAAGCCCGUUACCCGCGCUGACUUUAUGAUGGUCCUAAGGGAUCUGAAGUCCAUAUUCAUCCGUGCAAAUUACUGGGAACAGACUCUGAACACCCACCUGGCCGAUGUCUACCUCACGCUGGCCGAUGAAGAUGCUGACGGCACCUCGGAAUACAAAUUCCUGGCCGUGGAACGUUGCUCUUGUCCCCCAGGCUACGUGGGACACUCUUGUGAAGAUUGCGCCCCCGGCUACUACCGCGAUCCCAGCGGUCCCUAUGGAGGUUAUUGCAUUCCCUGCGAAUGCAACGGACACUCGGAGACCUGUGACUGCGCCACCGGCAUCUGCACAAACUGCCAGCAUGGCACACAGGGUGAUCACUGCGAGGAGUGUGUGUCCGGUUACUACGGAAACGCCACCAAUGGCACCCCUGGCGAUUGUAUGAUCUGCGCCUGCCCCCUGCCCUUCGAUUCGAAUAAUUUCGCCACCAGUUGCGAGAUCUCCGAGAGCGGAAACGAGAUCCAUUGCGAGUGCAAGCCAGGAUACACUGGUCCUCGUUGCGAGUCCUGCGCCAAUGGCUUCUACGGUCAACCGGAGAAUCUGGGCGAAGUGUGCAAGCCCUGCGAGUGUUCCGGCAAUAUUAUUCCAGAGGAUCAGGGUUCCUGCGACACCAGAACCGGCGAGUGCCUGCGCUGCUUGAACAACACCUUCGGAGCGGCGUGUAAUCUGUGUGCUCCUGGCUUUUACGGCGAUGCUGUUAAGUUGAAGAACUGCCAGAGCUGUGACUGCGACGAUACGGGCACCCAGGAAUGUGAUCCUUUUGUGGGCAAGUGCACCUGUAACGAGAAUGUCAUUGGUGAACGUUGCGAUCGCUGUAAGCCGGAUCACUAUGGCUUUGAGUCCGGCGUUGGUUGUCGAGCUUGCGAUUGCGGUGCCGCUUCCAACUCCACGCAAUGCGAUGCUCACACUGGUCACUGUGCCUGCAAGCCUGGUGUCACGGGACGCCAAUGCGAUCGUUGUGCUGUGGAUCACUGGAACUACGAGAAGGAGGGCUGUAGGCCGUGCAACUGUAAUCAGGGAUACUCCCGCGGCUUUGGAUGUAAUCCCAACACCGGCAAGUGCCAGUGCCUGCCAGGAGUCAUUGGAGAUAGAUGCGACGCCUGUCCCAAUCGCUGGGUGCUGAUCAAGGACGAGGGCUGCUCGGAGUGUAAUAACUGCCACCACGCCCUCUUGGAUGUCACCGAUCGCAUGCGCUACCAGAUCGACAAUGUCCUGGCCGACUUCAACAGCGUGACCCUGGCCUUUUUCACCAGCCAAAAGCUGAACUUCUACGACGAACUGGCCGAUGAACUGGAGCCGAAAGUCAAGUUGUUGGAUCCCACAAGCGUGGAUCUCAACCCUUCGAAGAAGGCCAACAGUGAACUGGAGUCGGAGGCCAAGUCGUAUGCCAAGCAGGUCAACCAGACCCUGGCCAAUGCCGUGGAUAUCCGCGACAGGUCAAGCACCACUUUGGGCAACAUCACCACGGCCUACGAGGAUGCCAUUAAGAGUGCGGAACAGGCCAGGGAAGCCAUCAACUCAGUGGAGUCCCUGUCCAAGAACCUGGAGGCGGCUGCGAGCACCAAAAUCGAUGCUGCUCUCGAGCAGGCCCAACACAUACUGGGACAAAUAAACGAGACCAAGAUAGAGGUUGCCCCCAACGAACAGGUCCUGGAGAAGGCGCGUAAACUCUUCGAGGAAGUAAACACCCUGGUGAUGCCGAUUAAGGAUCAAAACAAGAGCCUUAACGCGCUGCAGAACGAUAUCGGAGAGUUCAGUGACAAGCUGGAGGAUCUGUACAACUGGAGCAAGGAGUCCCAGGAGAAAUCCGCCGACGUGGAGCGCCGGAAUGUUCAGAACCAGAAGGCCUUUGAUAACUCCAAGUUCGACACCGUGUCCGAUCAAGAGCAACAGGCCGAGAAGAACAUCAAGGAGGCGGGCAACUAUCUGAUCAAUGGAGAUCUUACCCUGAGCCAGAUCAACCAGAAGCUGGACAGGCUGAAGGAUGCCCUCGAUGAGCUCGAUUCGGUGAACAAGAAUGUGGAGGGAGAGCUGCCCCUGCGGGAGGAUCAGCACAACGAGGCGGAGGUCCUAACUGAGCAGGCGGAGCAGAAGGCUGCCGAGCUGUCGGUCAAGGCACAGGUUUUGGCUGUCCAGUACACAGAUAUGACUGCCAGUGCUGAGCCCGCGAUCAAGGCUGCCACCGCUUACUCUGGCAUCGUGGAGGCCGUGGAAGCGGCUCAGCAGUUCAGUCAGGAUGCCAUCGCAGCGGCUGGCAAUGCCACUGCCAUCACCGAUGGCAUUGAGGACAGAGCCGGCCAAGCGGACAGUAGGUCUGCCGAUCUGCUCCAGAAUGCUCGCCAGGCCCUGCAGAAUGUUCAAGAUGACCUGGAGCCACGACUCGACGCAUCGGCGGGCAAGGUCAAGGCCAUCUCGGCCCUUAACAAUGCCACCGAGCACAAGCUGAAGGACAUCAACAUUUUGAUUACUCAACUGCCGGCCGAGUCGCAGAUUGAUCUGUGGAAGAACUCGAAUGCCAAUGCCAGCGAUGCCUUGGAGAUCCUUAAGAGCGUCCUGGAAACCCUCGAGCCAGUGAGUGCGCAGACACCCAAGGAACUCGAGAAGGCCAAGAACAUCAAUAGGGAUUUGGAUCUGACCAUCAAGGACAUCUCGCAAGCCAACAAUCAGUUGGAUAACGUCGAGGGCUCCGUCUCCAAGCUCACCGAACUGGCCGAGGACAUCGAGGAUCAGCAGCAGCGGGUGGGCGAGAAGACCCUGCAGCUGGGUCAGGACAUUGAGAAUCUCAAGGCAAAGGUAGAAGCCGCUCGCCAGUUGGCCAACAGCAUCAAAGUGGGCGUCAAGUUCAAGCCCAGCACUGUCCUGGAGCUGAAGACGCCGCCAAAGACCAAACUCCUGGCUACUCGUACCAACCUCUCGACCUUCUUCCGCACCACCGAUCCUUCCGGAUUCCUUUUGUACCUGGGCAACGACAACAAGACCGCCCAGUCCAACAACGACUUUGUGGCCGUGGAAAUCGAAAACGGUUACCCGAUUCUCAACAUUGACCUGGGCAAUGGUCCGGAGCGUAUCACCAGCGACAAGUACGUCUCGGAUGGCAAGUGGUAUCAGGCUGUGGUGGAUCGCACUGGGCCGAAUGCCAAGCUCACGAUCAGGGAGCAACUGCCCUCUGGCGAGGUGGUCGACCAUACCAAGUCAGGUUACUUGGAGGGAACCCAGAACAUCCUGCAUGUGGACAAGAACAGUCGCCUAUUCGUGGGCGGCUAUCCCGCUGCUCCGGAUUUCAAUGCGCCCAAGGAACUGAAUGCCAACUCCUUUGUCGGCGACAUUGAGGAUCUGAAGAUCGGUGACGAGAACGUGGGACUGUGGAACUUUGUUUACGCCGAGGAUAACAAGGAGGGUGCCCGCGAGCGGGAUGUUCUACUGGAGAAGAAGAAACCGGUGACGGGCCUGCGUUUCAAGGGCAAUGGCUUUGCUCAACUGAAGGCCUCCUCCAAUUUCAAGGAUCGAUCCAGCGUCCAGUUCCGCUUCAAGGCGGACAAGGACACCUCCAAUGGACUGCUCUUCUUCUACGGUCGCGACAAGCACUACAUGUCCAUUGAGAUGAUUGACGGCGCCAUUUACUUCAACGUGAGCUUGGGCGAGGGCGGAGGCCUAGUGUCCGCCAACCAGAAUCACUACAAUGACAACCAAUGGCACACGGUUCGGGCGGAACGCGAUCACCGCGAUGGCCUGCUCACGGUGGACGAUCAGGUUCUGUCGCGUCAAACAGCUCCUGCGGAAGCCGAUGAAGAGUUGCCCAGAAUCAAGAGGUUAUUCUUUGGCGGCCAUCCGAGACGCCUCAACAGUUCGCUCAAUCUUCAGCCAAACUUUGAGGGCUGCAUCGAUGAUGUGGUGAUUAGCGGAUUGGUGGUGGACCUUACGGAGUACAUAAACGGCACUGGAGUAGAAGAGGGCUGCUCGGAGAGAUUCUCCACGGUUCUGUCUUAUGCCCCGCACGAUUAUGGCUUCCUGCGGAUGAACAACAUCAACUCGGACAAUAAUCUGCAUGUGGUUUUGCACUUCAAGACCCGCCAGCCCAACGGCGUGCUCUUCUAUGCCGCCAAUCAUGACCAGAGCUCGAACAUUGGCCUUAGCUUGGAUGAGGGUGUGCUCAAACUGAACAGCAUGGGCAGCCAGCUAAUCAUUGAUGAACUGAACCUAAACGAUGGCGAGGAUCAUGUGGUGACGGUGCAGCACAAUGCGGGAGAGCUUCGACUCUCCGUGGACGAUGUGGAAACCAAGAGACUUGGCACCCCGCAACCGCUGAUUCUAGAGGGUGGAGACAUCUUCUUCGCUGGUCUUCCGGACAACUAUCGCACGCCCAGGAAUGCCUUGGCCUCAUUGGCCUACUUCUUGGGUUGCAUCAGCGAUGUGACUGUCAACGAGGAGAUCAUCAACUUUGCCAACAGUGCUGAGAAGAAGAAUGGCAACAUCAAUGGCUGUCCACCACAUGUCUUAGCCUAUGAACCAAACCUUGUGCCCACCUACUAUCCCAGCGGAGCUAAUGAUGUGGCAGAGAAUCCUUGGAAACCCGAGGAAUUGCCUCCCCUCAAGCCAGCCACAUUUGCUCCUGCGCCACACACCACACCCACAACUACAACCACAACAACGACCACUACAACCACCACUUCAACCACAACAACAACAACGACCACUGUAUCUCCAUUCCCCUUGGACGCAGACCUGGACAAGGAGGAAGACAAGGAAAAGGAAGCCGCCAAGCCACAAAGACCCUUGACCACUCGGCCACCCGCCAAGGUGAAUCUGCCAAGCGACAAGCGUUGCAAACUCCCAGAGCAGCCCAACUACGAUGUGGACUUUGUCGAGGCUGGCUACCGCUUCUACCAGAACAAGGAGCAGCGUCUGGAGAUCAAUCCGCUGCCGGCGAAGCUUCGUCGUCACCACGAUGUGACCUUCUCCUUCCGCACCGAUCACCCCAACGGCCUGCUCUUCUAUGCGGGUAGCAAGCAGCAUGAAGACUUCAUCGCCGUCUAUCUCCUAGACGGUCGGGUGUACCAUGCCGUGCGCGUUGGUGCUCUCCUCCAGGCCAAUGUCAGCAGUGAGGUGGAGCUGAAUGACGGCAAGUGGCAUACCGUGGAGGCGAUACGCACCAACCGCCGGGUAAGCCUGCUCAUCGAUCGAGUGGAGCAAGCAGGAACCUUGGAGCUGAAUGCUGAUCGUAGCCCGCCGGUGCUGGCCAUCGAGGCGCCAGUCUAUUUCGGUGGCGUCAACCACUUCAUUGAGUCCAAGGUGCGCAACACCACCGGCUACAAUCCACUGGCACCGUAUUACAACGGUUGCCUCAAGGACUUUAAGUUCGAUAGCGUGGAUCUGGAGCCACCGCCGGCAGAGUUCGGCGUUGUUCCGUGCUCCGAGCAAGUGGAGCGCGGAGUCUUCUUCAACAGCCAGACGGCGUAUGUGAAGCUCUUCGAUCGCUUCACCGUCGGCAGCGAGAUGACUAUCAGUUUUGAUUUCCGACCAAGAGAUCCCAACGGUCUGUUGUUCUCCGUGCACGGCAAGAACUCGUACGCCAUUCUGGAGCUGGUAGACAACACGCUGUACUUCACGGUCAAGUCGGAUGUGAAGAACAUUGUGACCACCAACUUUACACUGCCCAAUAACGAGAGCUUCUGCGAUGGCAAGACCCGAAAUGUUCAGGCCAUCAAGUCCAAGUUUGUCAUCAACAUUGCCGUGGACUUUAUGAGCUCUAAUCCGGGUGUGGGCAACGAAGGAUCUGCCGCCACCAAGACGAACCGACCGCUCUUCAUGGGCGGCCAUUUGGCCUUUGCCAAGGCUCCUGGCAUCAAGACCAGGAAGUCCUUCAAGGGCUGCAUCAGCCGAGUGGAGAUCAACAAGAAGCUGGUCAACAUUACGCCAAGCAUGGUUGUUGGCGACAUCUGGCAGGGUGUGUGUCCCCUCAACUAGAAGUGAAUCCUGGCAGAUCUAAAAGGACCAACGAUACGAACAAUUCCAUGUUAAGAAGCCAGGGGAAAAAAUGAAAAGUUGAUGAAAACCCAGAAAGUUAAAGGACAACGAACGAACAAAACUAAAUCGAACAAAAUCGACGGAUCGUGUUUAUAGUCCUGGGGUUCCUUAGAUAAUAGGACCUUGGCAAAGACGACAGUCGUAUAUUUCUUAAAACUAUAUAAGCCAAACUUUUGUGCCAAUCUAUGAAAGCCAUAUAAUAUAAUAUCUGUACUUUUUAUGCUUUCGCAAACUCCUCAAGUUUGCUUCUUUUUAACUUCGUAAUUUUGUGGAUUCAAUAAAUUUAUCACAUCAUUUUUAUUCAAUUAAAA